AUGGCGGUCUUCCACGAUGAGGUGGAGAUCGAGGACUUCGAGUACGACGAGGAGACCGAGACCUACAGCUACCCGUGCCCUUGCGGGGACCGCUUCCUCAUCACUCGGCGGCCGCGCAAGGACGGGGAGGGGGAGGACCUGGAGAACGGCGAGGACGUGGCCACCUGCCCCAGCUGCUCCCUGAUCGUCCGCGUCAUUUACGACCAGGAGCAGUUCAUGCGUGAUGAAGUCGUUGCAGAACCUUUGACAAACAAGGAAUUGAUUAAAUGCUGA